AUGACAGCUGAAUAUCCAGAAAAUAUCCCUAUAAAUCAAAUCAAAGUUAGAUUAGAAUUAUCAAAAUCUGAAAUUGAACUUAUCAGAUAUACUUUAAAAAUGUUAGUAGAUGAUGGAACUACUACGGGACCAAUAUCAAGAUCUGCAAGUGCAAAGUUUCCAGGCAGAUACCCUGAAGAAGAAGAGUUAGAAAAUGAAGUCACUGAUGUUCAAAGUACAAUGUCAACCAUGGCCAAAAUGUUAGAGGCUAAAUCUAUAGCCACAGUCACAAAUGUAUUUUGUGACCAAGUUUACCAGAACUUAAUAUCUGGUUUUCCAGAAAUCGAGAAAAUGUUUCCGUCAUUAAGGCAUCAAGCUACUCAUUUGGCUACAGUACUUAGAAUAGCUGUUACGCAAUUAGAAGACUUAUCACGUUUAGAUGAUUAUUUAUGCAGAUUGGGUAAAAUGCAUAGGCGGAUUCUAAAUGUAGAACCUCCACAGUAUGAGUUAAUGGGAAAAGCAUUAAUUAAAACAUUUCAGGAAAGAUUUGGAACUGAAUUUAAUUAUGAAUUAGAGAAUGUAUGGAUUAAAUUAUAUCGAUAUUUGGCAGAUAGUAUUCUCCAAUUCGGAAUUGAUCCAGUGAUGAACUGUGAAGUUCCGGUUUUCUAUAAUCGCAGUUACCCACAGCCUACAGGUCUCGAAGUUGGAUUGAAUUCAGAAAUACAGAUUAUUCCUCAGAAUAUUAUAAGGCCAACUCCAACUAUAGAAAAUUCGGACCAAGAUAUUUCGGGAAGUAUAUACAAUUCCCUGCAUAGUUUGUACAGAGUACCUAAGGUUAAAAGUUAUCGUCUGCAAAUGGUUGCAAUGGCCAGAGCUAUAGUCAAGCAAAGAUAUAAGAAAGAAUAA